AUGGAAAGUGGGAAUAAUCCGUUUACCGAAAUCUCGUUGGAAGAUGUUCGUCUAUUUGGCGAUCCGGCGUCCGAAGCUCGCGGUGUUGCUGGUGUCGAGAUUGUGCUAACUGCCAAGGCUGAUUGCUCGCUCCUUGACUGGAUUCCAGUCGGUAGCCGACUUCGCGCCCCGUUAUUCAUCCUUUUUCGUUCAGCCUUGAUCCCAACACAUGAGGAGAACGAUGCCAUGCUUUGGUACAUUGUACUCCGCGGUGCAUCAAGCUUUCUCAUGGAAACUGGUCGCUGGCCCGGAAGCUCAGUGCCAUAUCGAGUUCGUGGCAAGCAAACCGGUGAAUUCGUGGGGGACCAGACCAGUGGAAUCGUGAAUAGCAACGCAGUUUCCCGAUCAGGUGGCGAGGCAAAUAAGAAUACGCAUCACAUAGUCGAAGCUGACUUACCGGCUUUCCGCAUGCACCUCAACCGUGUUUUGAGGGCAUUUGGGAUAGCUUCAAAUCGCCUGAGUUGGGACUAUGUAGAUGUAAGUUGUGCUAGUAUUCUCGUGAUUGAGGCUAUCUCUUAG